AUGCAGAAUCAGGUGAAGUGUAGAUGUGGAGAAGAGAAAUGCCCAGAAUGGGAAAAAAUCGAAUUACAGGGCGUGAUUGAAUCGCAGCCUUCUUUCCAAGAUCCUCUCCAAGAUCUCCAAAUUGAACAGCUCUGCCGCCCUUCUUCCCGGGUUCUUUUUGUUUUGCUGUUUCCUCUCUGGGGGAUCUACACUUUUACGAUCGGGUAUCAUGAUCAUGAACUAACGGGGUCGAAAGUGGAGCUGAAAAAGCCCAUGGUGGUGCUGAAGAAAACCAAGUGCAUGGGCGUUGAUCGGAGUGACGGCGCUUCUUCAUCAAGUGCGGAGCUCGAUGUUGUUGGGGUUAUUCGCCACAAGAUUUUCUUCAAGUCUAGGCCUAUAGCCCUCAUUUCUGUUAAGGAAAAGGCUAACACUACAGAUGCUGCUGCACGGAAGCAAUCAGUAUGA